UCUCUCUCUCUCUCUCUCUCUCUCUCUCUCUCUCUCUCUCUCUCUCUCCCUCUUCAAAAGCAUUCAUUAUUUAAGUGGAGCGGGAUAUGCAUCCAUCAGGCAGAUAAUUCACCUUUCAAUCAAAGGCCGGGACACACUGGGACGCACUUUUUGUUUAAAACUUAAGAAUUCCAGGUGCAGAAACAAAAAUCAGUUUGGAUUAGAUGCCUGUCAGUGAUUCUGCGCUACGAGGAGCGGCUCAGACCCGAGGAAGGAUAUAAAAACAGGAUUAAGUUGGGUUUUUGUUAAAGUUUUUUUUUUUCUGUUGUUGUUGUUUUGCUUCUGUGCCUCAUCAUGCCGAGAUACAACUUUUUAUUGUGCUUAGUGGUGCUGAUCUUCCUGGGACUGUCAGGGAGCGAUGAGCCCAAUCUGCUGCUGCCUCCUGCCAGCGAGACGCCCACGGAUGCUGCAGCUGGGGUGUCCCUGCUGGACGAGGACGCCGCCGGUUCCCACGAGUGCUCCGCCUGCGUGUGGAGGGAGCAGAGCAAAGUGCUGCGCCUGGAGACCAUCAAGUCCCAGAUCCUGAGCAAGCUGCGUCUGAAGCAGGCGCCCAACAUCAGCCGGGAGGUGGUCAACCAGCUGCUGCCCAAGGCGCCGCCGCUCCAGCAGCUCCUGGACCAUCACGACUUCCAGGGCGACGCGUCGGCCCAGGACGAGAUCAUGGAGGAGGACGAGUACCACGCCACCACGGAGUCGGUCAUCACCAUGGCCUCCGAGCCGGAGCCCCUGGUCCAGGUGAACGGGAAGCCCAGCUGCUGCUUCUUCAAGUUCAGCCCUAAACUUAUGUUCACCAAGGUGCUGAAGGCCCAGCUGUGGGUGUAUCUGCGACCGCUGCAGCAGACCUCCACCGUCUACCUGCAGAUCCUGCGACUGAAGCCCGUCACAGAGCAGGGCAGCCGCCACAUCCGGAUCCGCUCAUUGAAGAUCGAGCUCAACUCCAGGGUGGGCCACUGGCAAAGCAUUGACUUUAAGCACGUGUUGCAGAACUGGUUCAAACAGCCCCACACCAACUGGGGGAUCGACAUCAACGCCUUCGACGAGAGCGGCAAUGACUUGGCCGUCACCUCGCUGCGACCCGGGGAGGAGGGGCUGCAGCCGUUCCUGGAGGUGAAGGUUCUCGAGACGACCAAACGCUCUCGGAGAAACCUGGGCCUGGACUGCGACGAGCACUCCACCGAGUCCCGCUGCUGCCGCUACCCUCUGACGGUGGACUUCGAGGCGUUCGGCUGGGAUUGGAUCAUUGCCCCCAAGCGCUACAAAGCCAACUACUGUUCUGGCCAGUGCGAGUACAUGUUCAUGCAGAAGUACCCGCACACCCACCUGGUGCAGCACGCCAACCCUCGCGGCUCCGCGGGGCCCUGCUGCACCCCGACCAAGAUGUCCCCCAUUAACAUGCUUUACUUCAAUGACAAGCAGCAGAUUAUUCACGGCAAGAUCCCGGGCAUGGUGGUGGAUCGAUGUGGCUGCUCUUAGGAUGUGGAAGGAGACACACACACCUUAAAUAAUAAUUAUAGCUCUUCAUCAAACCACCCAAAAUCCUUACGGAGAUCUUCCCUUCAGCACCAGAUUUCACUUUUGCUCUGCUACAAAAACAUCCAACUGAAUUUCAUUUUGUUUUCAGUAAUUAAAUUGAUUCUGACUGUAUAAAAAAUUAUAAAUGAAAUAAGAAUCAAAAAAAAAGGAACUGAGUGAUGGAAAUACAGUAUAUUACAAAUUAUUUGAAAAGGGUGUACUCGUGGAGCAGUUUCAGAAAAAGGUAAAUGAGACAAAACUGUCAUAGAGUAUGUGUUAGUUUUGUGAUUUUUGUUUUUGUUUUUUGGCAUCUUUGUGAAGUUAGUGGAAUGUGAUGAAAGGAGACAUAAACAUAUUUCAUGAAGCAUUGUCAGUUAGAAAAUACUCUUGUUUUUACAAAAACAUUUACUUGAGCUCAAAAUUUUGGCUACUUAAAUAUCUGCAAGGGGGCAUGAUCAAAAUUAUUUUGCAAUCUAUCACUUUAAAAAUGUAGAAAACAUGACACAUUCGUCUGGGCAGAGAUUGUGACGAGGUUUAAUUUUCUCUUUCAAAGCAAGUCAGUACAGUUACACUCAAAAAACAGAUGUAGUGGAUUUCWUUUWAAAAAUAUGUCACUCAGCUGAAUGCGUUACUUUUACUCAGUUCUGUUGAGUGGAACCGACAUUUUAAAAAUUAAAUCCACUACAUCUGUUUUCACUAUAAAAGUAGAUAACUUGUUUUAAUGGAUCGUGCAUUGUAGAUGUAGACUCAUCUUGUAGUUCUGGACGGGAGAAGAAGAGCCAGUCCAGCAGGAUGACCACAGGCAGUUUUUUUUCAUCCAGAACAUAAAAUAUAUAAAUUUUAAAGGGAUCCAUGAUUAGUUGUAACAUUAGACUUUAUUUGAUAAACAUUU